GCUACUUAAACCACUGACAGUUUUUGAAGAUAUUCAGUCGUCUGCUAUCCGUAUGCUAAAUAUUCUGCUUGUUUGAACAGUCUGAACUUCCGCAAAAAAUAAAAGUAUUUCUUGAAAUUGUUCAAUUUCGAAGGGAAUCUUAAAUUGUUGCUUACAUUCUAUUAAAUUCACUCACAAUGGAUGUAAAAGCAGAAAUUGGCAACUUAAUACAAUUGGGCGAAAAAUUGAGCGCCAAUGCACCCACCGAAGUCAAGAAUGGCCUGCUUAACUCGGUUUUCACGUCCUUGCCAGUUAUAAUUAAGGCUGUGGAACCCAUUGGGGCUGCCUAUCUACACGUCAGGGGCAUCAAUGCGGGCGGCCAUUGUGCCGAAGCGGCGAAAGCUGCAAGCCGAAUGAAUUUGCUAAUUAAAUUUGGCCUCGCCAUGGAGAUUGGUGCUCUUGGGGUGCAAUAUUUCCGAUUGAAAAAUUUUAUCAUCCUUUUGGAAAACGCGAAAAAUUUACGAGACAGGUCCAGGGAGAAAAUUAUUCAAGCCGGGAAUCUUAUGAGGGAAGUGGAGGAGUUGAUCAAAACGUUUGAAAAGACUUACAAUGUCGACGGCAGAACAAUGAAUCAGGGUGAAUUCUGGCAAUUGAAUCUUAUGAAGGACGACAUAGAUUAUAAGUUAGAACAAGUCAUGGAGUGUAUCUUUGGGCUCGAAAUUCAAAUUGGCAACGAAACGAAAAUUCUUCAACUGAGGGGGAACGAUUUCAUGAAUGAUUCAAUUUUAGGCGUAGGUACCGGUAGCCUUCAAUUGUUGUCUGCAUCUGUCGCAGCAACCCUGGGUAAUCCUGUCUUGUGUUUUUUGGGACUGGCUGUUGGAGUGGGUCGAAUUGCGCUGAGUGGUUAUAGUUUGACUCAGUAUGAUGCCUCGGUAGAGCUGGUCAAGGAAUUACAAGUCGAACUGUAUAGAAUUCAAGAGUUGGGAAAGCAAUAUAAAGAGUUGAAAAUGAAAUUUAUGCAAAUUAAGAGGAGCAUUGUGCAAUAGCAGAUGGCCGACGGACAGGUCCGAAUUUAAAUCAAAAAUUCCUUUUUUUGGUAUUUAAAACGGGGCUAGAGAUAACAUAGUUCCCAUUAUUUGUGUGGUGGAGAGCGAAAAGGAUUAAUUAUCUAGGUUAAGUUUAAGUAUAACACAUAUUUGUAAUGUGUAAUGUUCUGCAAAUAACUAUGAAAUAUAUGUUCGAAAUUAAUUCAAACAAGAAAAUUUCAUGGUAUAUACACUCUUAG